AUGGCAGUUGAUACCAAACAGGAUAUCAAGAUACAAUAUGACUAUUUUGUUGCGGCUUCGGGGUUGCGACGGACAAAGCCCUCCGCGCCGGUUGCGUUGACACGCAAGGAGUAUUUGGAGAAUGCGUUGGAGCAUAUUCGACUAGCGGAGGGUGCGAAGGAUGGUAUUGUUGUUAUUGGCGCUGGGGCUGUCGGCAUUGAAAUCGCCGCAGAACUCAAAACGCUCUGCCCACACCUCAAAGUCACAUUAAUCCAUUCACGACACCGAAUACUAUCGUCUGAAGACUUAUCAGAUGAGUUCAAGGAUUUGGCAUUGAACUUAGUUCACGAAGCCGGUGUCGAGACGAUUCUUGGUGCCAGAGUAAAGGAGACUAUCAAGAACUCAUCCACGUCAUAUGAAGUUGUUCUCUCGGACGGUCGUCGCAUCCAAGCGGGCUUUGUGAUUAAUGCCAUUUCCAAAUUCCAUCCAACUGCGACGUACUUGCCAUCUACAGCCGUCGAUGAGGAGGGAUAUGCUAAGAUAGAAUCCACCACCACAUUCACCGAUGGUACCCCUAACGCCACCUCCCACUACGCAGCUGGCGACAUCGCCCACUGGCCCGGCAUCAAAAGCUGCGUCGCUGCAAUGCAUCAGGGACUCCAUACAGCAGUCAACAUCCACCAACGAAUUCUGAGGGCUCAAAACGGCAUUGUGUCUCAAUUUAAAAAACUUGAUUCAAAUGUCCCUCCCGUGAUGGGACUUGCGGUUGGCAAGAAGGCCGCUUCGUUUACUCCGCAGACGGGGGCUACAUCGAGAGAAGAUGUGAUGAAGAUGCUCUUUGGGGACGAUUUGGGAUUCGCUAUUUGUUGGAAUUACCUCCGUCUCGGAGAAGCACCAUACAAGGGACAUCCACUAACUCCUCAAAUGGAUAUUGAGAAGCUUACUAAGUUGACUGAAAUAUCAACCCAGGAACCAAUCCAUGUUUAG